AUGCCAAAUUGGAAGUUGUUCCUUUGGAGACUUUUUCAUGAUGGUAUUGUAGUAAAAGAUAAUCUGGCUAGAAGGGGAAUACAAGUGGACGCAAUCUGUGAUCAUUGUGGGGUAGGCUUGGAAGACAGCCAACACCUCUUCAGGUUCUGUAUUCUGGCAAAGGAAGUUUGGGAGAAUGGCUCCCUAACUAUUUGCCCUGACUUUCCUGGGUUCAACUCAUUGAAAAGAUGGAUCCAGCACUAUAUCCUGCUGUUUAAUAGCGAGGAUGGUAAGCAUAGCAAUCGUUGCACCGUGUUUAUUGCAACACUGUGGGGGCUUUGGAAAUCUAGGAAUGCUAGAUGUUUCAAGGGUUCUACAGAGACGAUAAGUUCAGUAAGGGAAUUUAUUAAUCUUGCCAUGAAUGAUCAUGAAAUUUUUAAUCUUCAAGCAAGUCCAACACCGGAAUUGGAGGUUUCUGACCGGGAAAAUCCGACUUUUCCUCUGGGGCUUUAUCACGUGCACUUGGGAAAGGAUAAAAGUGGUUAUGAUGAUUUCAUUAUGGAAGCCGAUGGCUCCUGGGAUAAGAAGACAAGGAGGGCAGGGAUAGGUUGGGCAGUUAAGAGUAUUCAACAGGGCAAUGCAAUGGACGAGGGUGGAAAGCAUGGAGUGGCUGCUUCAGCCAUUCAAUGUGAGGCUUGGGCUUGCCUAGAGGCAAUGAAAUGGGCCCGAGCGAAAGGUAAACAAGGAAUUCUUGUUUUAUCUGACUCGAUUGGUCUUUUGACCAACUUACAAGGGAAUCAUGGUAAUGAUAUUUCGAUAUCUUGGUUACUUAAGGAGUUAAGAGUAUUGGGGGCAUCAUUUCAAAGGUGCACGAUUUUGAAGGUACAGCGUGAUCAAGUCCAAAAGGCGAACGACAUUGCUAGAAAAUGUCGGACUAACCUUUUGAAUUUGUUGUAG